AUGAUCAGACCCGAUUCUUAUCUUCGUCCGCGGGGCGCCAUGCGCGCUCUUCUCCCAAGGGCUGGGUGCCACUUCAGCCGUUCGCUACGCUUAGGAUCUCAGAGGAGGGGUUUGCAAUGGUCCGUUCCCCAUCGCGCCGAUGAGAAACCUCAGUCCUUCAAGCAUCAAUUAUACGAAAGUACACAACAACGCCUCAAACGUGAGCGUGCUGAACAGGAACGAUACUCACAGUUCCAGUCCCAAUCCCAGGGCAGUCGCAACGUGGCGUUGAUGCUUGCAUUGGCCUUUUUCUCCACGGGGGCUUACUAUCUGGGAUCGUUGAAACCUGCUGAGCUUCCCACCUCGUCAACAAGCUCCGUCUAUGAUACACAGUCACCGCGACAUAACGUUUCUCCCUCAAAUCUACAGGCUGCUUGGGCGGACUUCGUUGACAUUUUAGGGAAAGACAAUGUCUCCACACAAAAUGCCGACUUAGAUAUGCAUGCAGGAUCUGACUGGUCUUCCUACGCCCUGAAAGAGGGGGAAAGACCGUUCCUCAUCCUCUACCCAUCUACUACGGAGGAGGUAUCUCGAAUCAUGAAGGUUUGCCAUCAACGGUUGAUCCCAGUAACCCCUUACUCAGGCGGUACCAGCUUGGAGGGCCAUUUUGCGCCCACGCGGGGUGGUAUAUGCAUUGAUUUCCGUCGUAUGGAUCGUAUUCUGGGUCUCCAUAAGCAGGAUCUAGACGUCGUGGUCCAGCCUGCCGUUGGCUGGGAGGAGCUGAAUGAACAUCUUUCUCAGGAUGGUCUUUUCUUUCCUCCGGAUCCGGGCCCUGGUGCUAUGAUCGGUGGCAUGAUUGGCACGGGCUGUUCGGGAACAAAUGCCUACAGGUAUGGCACUAUGCGUGAUUGGGUGCUUUCUUUGACGGUAGUGCUUGCCGACGGGACUAUUAUUAAGACCAGGCAACGUCCACGGAAGUCAAGCGCUGGUUACGAUCUUACAAGACUCUUUAUUGGGAGUGAAGGCACCCUCGGUCUGGUGACUGAGGCUACGUUGAAGCUGACGGUCAAACCUAAGAGCCAAAAUGUCGCCGUCGCGAGUUUCUCUACGGUACAGAAUGCGGCAGAGUGCGUGACACGCGUAGUGGAAGAAGGUAUCCCAGUAGCUGGGGUCGAGAUCCUGGAUGACGUGCAGAUGAAAUGCAUCAACGAAAGUCAGUCCACCAGCCGACACUGGAAGGAAGCGCCUACCAUAUUUUUCAAGUUUGCGGGUACCCCUGUUGGCGUGAAGGAGCAAAUAAACAUGGUGCAGAAGAUUGUUUCUUCUACUGCGGGCCGGUCCUUCGAGUUUGCCCGAGGUGAGAGCGAAAUGCAAGAACUCUGGAGCGCCCGGAAACAAGCACUAUGGAGCGUUAUGUCCAUGAGGCGAGGUCCUGAGGACCAUGUCUGGACGACUGAUGUGGCUGUCCCUAUAAGCAAAUUACCCGAAAUCAUCGAGGCCACCAAACAAGACAUGACUGAAAGUGGUUUGUUGGCGGGAAUGUGCGGUCAUGUCGGCGACGGCAAUUUUCAUGCGAUCAUCCUCUUCAAUAAAGACGAGAAAGCAACAGCCGAGGCCGUGGUCCAUCGGAUGGUAAAGCGGGCUGUUGAACUAGAAGGUACAGUUACUGGCGAGCACGGAGUUGGCCUCGUCAAGCGGGAUUACCUGCAACAUGAACUAGGGGAGUCGACAGUGGAUGCUAUGCGCCGGUUGUGCGGGUUGAGCCACCGGCGCCAGGAGAAGUCAAGGAAUGAUACAUACGCAUAUGUCAUGGUAGUAGACAAUUAA